AACCCGGAGGAAGCUCUGUGCCUGGAGGGGACCCGCCGCCAUCUCAGGUCUCAGCCUCGCGGGGCCCACCACAGAGAGCUGACGCCCUGUCCUAAGAAUCCUUAUGGGUGACCAACCUUGUUUCUCCGGGAGAUCCACGCUCCCACCUGGAAACACGCGGGAAACCAGGCCUCCAAAAAAGCGCUGCCUCCUAGCUCCACGGUGGGAUUAUCCAGAGGGAACCCCCAACGGAGGUAGUACCACUCUUCCCUCUGCACCUUCUCCUUCAUCACCCGGCCUGAAAUCGCACCCUCCUCCUCCGGAGAAGUAGUAGAAUGUACUUCUCCCACCCAAACCAGUCUCUGAGGGAUUGCAGAAUGACUCCAUUUCCUUGGUGCAUUCAUAAAAUGGUUCACCCUGUGAAGAUGAUGAAGACUAUUGACAAUGCUGCCCUGAUUUUUCUGAUGUCCUACACCAGUCUUGUGAUAAUCAGCAUAAUUUCACCUCCUGAAUUUGAAUGAAUUAUGGGACAUAACCAAGAUCAGACUGUAGACGUCUAAGAUUGAAGGCCAUGGCCUGGAUCCUAAUGAACUCACCAGGGCAAAUAAACCCUGUGAGAUGGUCCUGCAGCAGCCAAUCAAUGCUCUUUUGUGCCACCCAGUCCCUGCUGUGUAACUUUGAGUUUCUAUAAAUCCAUUAAGGUCCCAAUAAAUUUUGUGUCUCAUUGCUCUCUUAGUUCUAUAUGACUACUAGCUAAUAAACUGAAUUUUUAGUAAAUGUUUUGUAAUAACUCCAAAUACAAAAUACUACCAAAAUUGGUGUAAAAAUAUAACUUUUUUUUCCUACAAAUGGCCUUCUACUCAUUUUUUGUAGUGUGGAAAUAUCAGGGAAGUGUGUGUGGGAGAGAUAAAGGGUAAAAUCUGAAAAAGAAUUAAAGUUCCAGAACAUUCUCCUCCCUUUACUGUCAAUAUUUCCAUGCUGUCUAUCUAUCCUAUGAUAUGCCUUAUUCGUAUAGAUAAUUUUUUUCCUGAUCAUGAUGGUUGAUGUGCUUGUUUUUUGUAAAAUUCCACUUGUAAUAUGUUCUGUAUUAAAGAAAUAAGCUACGUCAAUUAAAAGCAUUUAUGAAAAUUAAAA